AAUCUCAAUCACCAUGUGACGAGACGACCGACACGCCUUUGGUCUACCAGUGGUAUGACGGACCCUUACAGAAACUUCUAUCUAAGCAGGAUUCACUUAGCUGUUCAAGAUGGUGUGACAGCUUGAAUCAGCACAUGGCCCCGAAGCUUGUUUUCUUCUGCGACUUCGGAGCGCAAGGCUACCGACUCGGAGACCAGAGGUUCAGAUAGGGCGAGAACAGAAUUGGAGCCUGCCAAGAUGGCUGAAGCCCAGGGGACGGUAGCUGAACGAAAUCCCAAUGACAGGGUGUGUCUGCUUGCCUCCACUGGCAAUAUCACAUUUCAGGAUACAUCAGAUCCAUAUUCACCAGCGGACGCCUCACCAGCGGAUACCGAGCCUCGCGGCUACUUCGAGUCAGCUCAAUGGACCCCAGAUGGCACAACAAUACUGACAUUGUCAUCUUCUAAUACAAUCUCUGGCUAUGUCGUACCUCAGGACCUCCUUGCGCCUCAUAUAGAACCUCUAUCACUUUAUCCACAGAGCACCAUACCACUCCCAGAACCUACCAACGUUCUGGCCUCAUCUCCAUAUUUCAAUCUCUCAGAGGCAUACACAAACCAGCUCCUGGUGUCGAGUCGCGAUCAUCCCAUCCAGCUAUUCUACCUUUUCCCGCCGUUGUCAUCCCACGACAACAACUCAGUUUCGCACGCGCCUUUAGCCUCUUACCCCCUGACCAAAGCCCGAUCCGAGACAUUCCUCACCGCAACAUCGCUGGUGUGGCCCGCUCCCGGAUCUCACUUUAUCGCAGGAUGUAGGAACCUCUUGGCAAAAUUCGAUAUCACUCGCACCGGCGAGGAGCCACUGCUGCGCAUCAAGACUAUCCCGUCCGAACGGCACCUAUCCAAGGGUGGCGGUGUCGGCAUGCGCGGCACCAUUUCUACGCUAUCUGCACAGCCGCCAGAUCAGAAUGGCGGUAGCCUCGUUGCUGCGGGCACGUGGACCCGGUGGGUGGGAUUAUAUGAUUUUGCGCAAGGGGGCGAAUGCAUCUCGACGUGGAGUGUCGAGUCAGCGGCCAAGGAGACAGCUCUUGCCGAUGGCAGUGGUAGUACUGCGGGAACUGGCGGCGGCGGGAUCACACAAACAAUUUGGAGCCCAUGUGGAAGAUAUCUACUCAUCUCUGAACGCAAGUCGAGGGGUAUUCUCGUAUACGACGUUCGCGUGACUGGGCAGUUGCUCGGCUGGUUGAAGGGGAGAGAAGCACGAACCAACCAACGGAUACAGUGUGAUGUUUUCCCGGGGCAAGAUGAUUUUGGCGGCUUUGAAGUCUGGUCAGGGACUACUGAUGGCACUGUCAAGAUGUGGGAGGGUGUGGGGAGCCGCGAAGGAGCCAAUGAGCCUGCUUGGGGCUGGGAGGGUCAUGGUUCCACGGUGGGAAGCACGUGCCUACAUCAGAGCGGAGCGGUUGUCGCAACAUGUUCUGGUUCUUGGACUUUCCCCGAGGAUGAAACCUGCGAACUUCCUCACGAGGGAAAGCAUGUAGGUGGUCGGGAGUCGACGGCUUGGAUGCGUAGGACGAAUAAGGAGAGCAGUCUGAAGUUUUGGGGCCUUGGAUCGCAGAGCGAUAAAGAUGUCACUGAGCAUUCAGACCCCGGGGAUGGCUCUUGAGUAAGGAGGCCGAGAAGGAACUCAUGACAUUCGGCGACAUCAUGACGGCGGAGAUGUGCCCAUGCCUGGGAGCACGAACAUGCCGGCUCCACAGCAUCGGCCUAGAUGCCAAUUGGCCUUUUAGCCUCUUGCUAGUUUAGAUCAAGUCAGAGGGGUACCGUUCAUCAAGCAUCCUUGUGAUUAUAUUUAUACCCACGUAUUUUCAUAUCUAUCGAAGAUCAAAAUUUUCUCAUGGAUUGAUUUGGCCGAACCAGUUGUGGUCACAUCUCACAUGAGUAUUCCCCUCUCCAGUUCAGCGCAAAUGUUUUUGACGGAAUACAAAGAAAGCUCCCUGUAUAUCCUCAUGCAGAUCGAUGCUUUGACGAUGACCCUGACAAACCCCAUGCCGCCUUGAUAAAAUCAGAACACUUCCCGCUAAUUCCAUAGGCCGGUAUUUGAGUAUGCCCGCCAUGCGAUUUGGGCAUGAUGCUACAUUCAGCC